AUGGCCUCUACCUUCGACCGGACCGCCACCGUGGCCGACCACGACUCGGGCUCUGACCGCGACGAUGACGGACUUGACGGAGACUACAGCAUGGUCGCAGAUGCAGACUACCCAAACACGGUCGACUACUAUACUCUUCUGGGCCUUUCCUCUCAUCCUCCCCCGACCGACGCCGAGAUCCGUUCCGCCUACCGUAGCUUGACUCUCAGUUUCCAUCCGGAUAAACAACCUCCGCACCUUCGCGAGGCAGCCCGGCGGCACUUCAACCAAAUCCAAGAGGCCUAUGAUGUGCUUAUCGACUCGCAAAAGCGCACGGUCUAUGACAUGAUGGGUGCAGAGGGAGUAAAACGGGAGUGGGGACAUUUCGGUGCUAUGGGUCUUCACGGCGAAGCUGCGAAUCAAGAUGUUGGCGUUAAGACUAUGUCUUCGGACCAAUUUCGGCGGUGGUUUUUGAAAACCAUGAAGAAGCGGGAGCGGAAGGCUGUGGAGAGCCUCGUGGAAAGCCAUGGCACACUAACCAUUGGAAUCGAUGCAUCGGAAACAAUCACGGUAGACGAUGACGACGAUGUAACCUUCCAUAUACCCUCGCCGAAACUCUCCACGUUUGGGGUGAAUUACAGUUUCAAUACACCAUUACCACUUCCAGACUUCUUCAAGGCAACGAACAACGACUCUGAAGAUAAGGACGCCUCUACAGAAGAGCCAGAUUCAGAAGACGAUGAUGAUGAUCUCGUACAGCUCACGAUAAAUGCUGGUGUCCGGGGCAAUAUAAAAGAACGCAAGCAGCGAUUGACCAUUUCUUAUGACGACGGCACGGAGGAGGAGGAUCUUGAGGUACCUAUUGCUCCGAUCUUAGUGGGAAACGCACUUGAGCUUGGUGCCACAGUGACGCCCAACUUCAAGGGCCUUCUCGGCACCCGCGGUGUCUGGAAUCGAUUCCCUUUCUCGUUCUUAAAGGAUUCAAGCGUCUCGCUCGGUGCGCUUCUACUUCCAACCCCAGCCCUUACGACUACCGUUACUCGGGCCUACCAACCAAUCUCAGGCGUGAAGCCGUUCAAUGUGGCUGCCACUAGUACCAUCCAACGAUCCCUUGCUGAAAGUCCGCCGGCUUUCCAGAUACAGGCGACAAAGCAAAUAGCCGAAAGAAAGGUUGCAGUGCUCACCUGGAACAGCGGACUUUUACAAUGGCCCGGUUUCCUCACUGAAACUUUCCCUUCACUUGGAAUGAGCGCCGAAGCCUUUUAUGCUUCGAUGGAAAACCCUAGUCAACUUCAAAUAGCUCUGAUGUCAGUAGCAAAGCCUAAGCCUGCGCAAACUGGAGGUGAUGAGGAGGGUGACUAUGACGACGAAACGCAAAAUCUGGAAAAUGCGGAUAUUGAUCGCUCUGCAGAAGCAUGGAACACAUCCCUCACGCUUUCUCCAGGCGGAGGUGGCAUCGCUCUUACCUAUUCAAGGAAUUUAUUCUCGGGAAAGCCAAUGGAUGAUCCCGUGAGGACUGAGUGGAACUCUGAAGGCUACCUACCAAUGGCAAAGAUGGAUGAAGCACGCGCGGUCAAGGUUCAAGUUUCGAGUAUCAUCGGACUCGACGGCUCUAUUCAGUGGACCGUGAAGGGUACCCGGCUAUUUGGAGAAAAUACCAGAGUUGGGCUGGGUAUGGGUAUUUCGGCGAACAAUAUCGCAAUGACCGUUCACUGGAAACGUCUUGGCCAGCGCAUCAAUCUUCCGGUUAUUCUGAUGCCUCACCGUCAUCACGAUGCUGCAGUAUUGGCCACGGCCAUCCCCUGGGUGACAUACUGUGCUAUUGAAUUUGGAUAUGUUCGCCCACGCGAACGAAAGAAGCGUCGACAGGCAGUUGCCCGUCGCCAUAAGGAGCUGAAUAAGCUCAUUCCUAAGAAACGCGCCGAAAGCGAGCAAGCUAUCGAGCUGAUGCUGGACCAAGUACAGCGACGACAAGCACGGGAGGAAUAUCACGGCGGCUUGGUUGUUACAAAGGCAGAAUAUGGUUACUACCCUUCGCAAAGCAAGAAACCCAAGAGUGGAUUCACGGAACCUCGAGUUAUGGACGCAACCAUCCCCGUGGCGGCACUGGUAUACGGGGGUCAGUUGGUGAUUCCGAAGGAACGGGUGAAGUUCCAAACUCUAGGAUUCUAUGAUCCAGCACCGCUACUGCCGAAACGCUUGAAGAUUUGGUACAAAUUCCAGGGACAGGAGCAUUUUGUCGAACUUGGCGACAAAGAGGGAACUGCCUGUCCUUUUAGUCUCAUCAUGGCUUCUCUCGCAUCGGGACUAUUCAAAUCCCUCCCCAAGCCCAAAUAUACCGGCGAGGAAGAGGAGGUGCCACAACAUGCGCAGCCCCGUGGCCCGCGUGUAGUGGGCGCCGACCAGCUCGACGAAACCCAAGUCGUCUUGCGGAGAGUUGGACCCCCGCCUUACGGAAACCGCGCAGGAUGGCGACCUCGAGCUCCCGAAGAUUUUGGCGACGGCGGCGCGUUCCCUGAAAUUCUAGUCGCCCAAUACCCUCUCGACAUGGGUCGAAAGGGAACCUCUUCGACCUCGAAUGCGCUCGCGGUCCAGGUCGAUGCCGAGGGCAAGGUAAAGUACGAUGCCAUUGCGCGCCGGGGACAUGCCGACAACCGGGUUGUCCAUGCGUCAUUCAAGGAUUUGAUCCCACUGCGACAGCGAGUGGAUAUGGGAGAGAUCUCGUUAGACCGCCCAUCGGAGGAGGAAGUUGCAGCGCAGAUGGAGAAAACCAAGAAUGCCCUGGCCAGUCUUGUCGAUGGAGCCGUUCAAGCCCAGAAACCGAAGAACGUGAAGGGCGGACGCCGGAACGAGCCCACGUUUGUGCGAUAUACGCCUGCGAACCAGAUGGGAGAUAACGACAAGAAGAACGACCGUAUCAUGAAGAUUGUGGACCGACAGCAGGAUCCGAUGGAACCGCCUAAGUUCAAGCAUAAGAAGAUCCCCCGUGGCCCGCCAUCUCCUCCACCCCCCGUCAUGCACUCGCCGCCGAGAAAACUUACCGCCGAGGAUCAAGAAGCGUGGAAGAUCCCCCCGCCCGUGUCGAACUGGAAGAACCCGAAGGGUUAUACCGUUCCCUUGGACAAGCGUCUGGCUGCCGAUGGCCGUGGAUUACAGGAUGUGACUAUCAACGACAAGUUCGCUCAGCUUGCAGAGUCCUUGUUCACCGCCGAUCGCCACGCCCGAGAGGAAGUGCAGCUUCGUGCCCAGAUGCAGCAGAAGCUUGCCGAGAAGGAGAAGGCCCAGAAGGAAGAGCAUCUUCGACAAUUGGCUCAAAAGGCGCGCCAGGAGCGUGCUGGUCCCAGCCGUCGCGAUUCCGAUGCCCGAUCGCGAUCGCGCUCGCGCAGUGCCAGUCGAAGCGCAUCCCCUUACUCGUCAAGAUCCGCCACCCCCGACCAAGACGAGCAAGCUGCCCGUGAUCGUGAGCAGCAGCGCCGCGAGCGUCGCCAGGAGAACGAGCGACAACUCCGUCAGUCUCGGAUGGGAACAGAGCGUCGCAUACAGACUAUGGCCCGCGAGCAGAACCGUGAUAUUUCUGAGAAGGUCGCUCUUGGAUUGGCCAAGCCGACCCAAAGUUCCGAGUCUAUGUGGGAUUCGCGGUUGUUCAACCAAACCAGCGGUAUGCAUGCUGGAUUCAACGAAGAUAACCCUUACGACAAGCCGCUGUUUGCCGCGCAGGACGCCAUCAACAGCAUCUACCGUCCUCGGGCCCAGGCAGACGCCGACGAUGAGGAGGCAGGCGAAGGCGAGAUGAGCAAGAUCCAAAAGACCAACCGCUUCGAGGUUCUUGGACGUGCUAAGGAAGGUUUCCGUGGUGCUGCUGAUGCCGAAGAGCGUCAAGGCCCUGUACAGUUCGAGAAGGAUACUGCGGAUCCAUUCGGCAUUGACAGCAUGAUUGCUGAUGUCACAGCUGGUCAGAAGCGCUACGGUAUCCAAGAAGCAGAGCCUGAUGACCGUGGCUCCAAACGUGCUAGGGUGGAUGACGAUUGA